CAUUCAUUCAUUCCGGACGAACGCAAAAUUCGAAAAAGAAUCCGACAGACGAAACAUAUCCGAUACAAAUGAUCUCCUUUGCCUAAAAUCAAAAUGUAAACGAAGAUGCGUUGAAUAUUCAUCGAGCGAUUGUCAGCAAACAUUAGCGGAACGAAGGUUUAAGAUUCGAUUCCGCGAGCAGCGAGUCGUUUUAUAGACAUUUAAUGGAAAACACUGGGUUUUAGAAGUAAAAAUUAGCGUCAACGAAGUUAAAUGAAUUUUCAUUGAAAAAAACUCUUUUUUCAUUAAUGCUCCUUUCAUCUUUAAUGCUGGCGAAAAUUUUCGAUAACACAGGAAGGCAGUUUUUGUAGCCCGAAGCAAAAUGUGUUCUUUGAUUUUCCAUAGUGCUACAAAUGCUUCAGGGCAUGCGUUUUCUAGCCCGCAGUUUGAAUCCCGUGAGGUUCAGAGAUUUUCACCGGGCUUAGGCUUUUCGUGCAAUUUUAGGGUUUCAAAAUUGAAAAAUCCUAGCAGGGAGUUGGCUUCUGCAGGCCUCGGUAGAAAAUUUGCAGGUGGAUUGCGGGUGUCUUCUUGCCUUGUCACAGAUUCCAUAAAGGAGGAUGCUUCUUCUUUACAGAAUGAGAUGAAUGUAGCGUUAGGGUUUGAUGGAGGGAGCAGGAGUGUUAUAGAGGCUGAAGGAAAGUACUUUGUUGGAACUUAUGCAAGGACUCCCGUUGUUUUUGUGAGGGGGCAUGGCUGCAAAUUGUAUGAUAUGGAAGGGAAAGAGUAUUUGGAUUUGACUGCUGGCAUUGCAGUGAAUGCCCUUGGCCAUGGCGAUCCGGCUUGGGUGCAAGCGGUUAUGGAACAAGCAGCUACGCUGACUCAUGUUAGCAAUGUUUUUCAUACAAUACCACAGGUGAAGCUUGCAAAGCGUCUUGUUGAAUCAUCAUUUGCUGACAGGGUUUUCUUUGCAAACUCUGGUACCGAAGCUAAUGAAGCAGCAAUCAAAUUUGCAAGGAAGUACCAAGAGGCUUUAAAUCAAAAUGAAAAACAACAUGCUACAGGAUUUAUUUCUUUCACAAAUAGCUUUCAUGGAAGAACAAUGGGAGCCCUUGCUAUGACCAGCAAAGAGAAGUACAGAACUCCUUUUGAACCUGUCAUGCCUGGAGUGACAUUUGUGGAGUUUGGAAAUUUGGAAGCAACAAAAAGAACAAUUCAGCUGGGUAAUACAGCUGCCAUUUUUGUUGAACCUGUUCAGGGAGAGGGAGGCAUAAACAGUGCUACAAAUGAAUUUCUGAAAGGAUUGCGCACCCUCUGUGAUGAUGCAGGUGCCUUGCUUGUUUUUGAUGAGGUACAAUGUGGGCUGGGUCGAACGGGAAAGCUUUGGGCAUAUCAAGCAUAUGAUGUGGAGCCAGACAUAAUGACUUUGGCAAAGCCGCUGGCUGGAGGCUUGCCCAUUGGUGCUGUUUUAGUAACAGAACAUGUGGCUGCAGCUAUAGGUCCUGGGGAUCAUGGAAGUACUUUUGCUGGUGGGCCUCUUGUUUGCCAUGCUGCCCUUGCAGUUCUGGAUAGAAUUCAGGAAACUGGGUUCCUGGAUGGUGUGGCUAGAAAAGGACAGUAUUUAAAAGACUUGCUAACUGAAAAACUGGGGGCGAAUGUUCAUGUGAAAGAAAUUCGUGGCUCGGGGCUUCUUGUGGGUAUUGAGCUUGAUGUUUCAGCUUCACCUUUGGCUAAUGCUGCUCGGCAGGCUGGCCUUUUAAUCCUUACUGCUGGUAAAGGAAAUGUUGUUAGGCUUGCUCCACCACUUAUUAUUUCAGAAGAAGAGCUGGAAGAGGCGGCAGUUGUUCUUUCAAAAUGUAUUCAGGUUCUUGAUGAAAAGAAACAACAAAAUUGAAUUGUAAGGAAAUGAAUUGAAGAUCAGAGUUGAUGAAAGGCAUGAGAAUGCUGAUAUAGCCUCGUUAAAUGAUACCCUGGUCAUUCCUAGAAAUAGUAAUGGGGCACGAUAUUUUAGUUCUCAGAGAACAGAUGUCAAAAAGGUGCCCAAAAGUUAUUUCCUUGGGAACUCAACAGUGAGUAGUUAAAUUUUUGCACUUGCAGAAAUCUUAGAUUGUGUAAUGAUAUUUUAGCUUUAUUAGUCCCUUGACAUGACAGGGAUUCUAUAGCGAUUGAUAUGAACAAGAAGUCCACAAGCCAAUCAAAUGAUUUUAUUUUUUCCCUAAAAUUUUAUAAAUAUAUUCUAAUAUUAAUAUUUAUAAAAAAGCAAUAUUAAUUAUGUCU